AUGGCUGCGCGGAGCAAAAGGCAGCAGCUACACCCCGGAAACCCUGCCGGCGGGGCAAUCCGAGAGCGCGGCGUCUUCCCCAACGGUGCGACAAGAGUCAGUGCGAGAGCAGAACAGAGGAGCCCACCAGGGCUCGGACCCAACGCCGCGAACACCACUCACCUUCACCGACCCCGGCGGCCCACUGGCCCCAGCCACAAGUCACGGAACAGGCUGAACGUGGGCGGCACCUACUUCGUGACCACCAGACAGACCCUAGGCCGGGAGCCCAAGUCUUUUCUCUGCCGCCUCUGCUGCCAGGAGGACCCGGAGCUGGACUCAGACAAGGACGAGACAGGGGCAUAUCUGAUUGACAGGGACCCCACCUACUUUGGUCCUAUCCUAAACUACCUCCGCCAUGGGAAACUCAUCAUUACUAAGGAGUUGGCAGAAGAAGGCGUGCUGGAAGAAGCAGAAUUUUACAACAUUGCAUCUCUUGUGCGGCUGGUUAAGGAAAGGAUACGGGACAAUGAGAACAGAACUUCACAGGGCCCCGUGAAGCACGUGUACAGAGUCCUGCAGUGUCAAGAAGAAGAGCUCACGCAGAUGGUCUCUACUAUGUCUGAUGGUUGGAAAUUUGAACAGCUAAUUAGCAUUGGAUCUUCCUAUAACUAUGGAAAUGAGGAUCAGGCGGAGUUCCUCUGUGUUGUCUCCAGAGAACUAAAUAAUUCUACCAAUGGCAUUGUCAUAGAACCGAGUGAAAAGGCAAAGAUUCUUCAGGAGAGAGGAUCGCGGAUGUAAACUAAGAAUCGGAAACUCCAGAAUCCUGAACACCAAGAGAGCAAUCAUGCAGAGCACCUCUGUGAAGUUAUAUCUCGCUCCUGUACAGUAUCUGAGCAACUGCAAAGCAGAGCUGAGCUCGGCCCCUGUGGAGAUGCGUUCUGGUCAAAGCCAAAGGAACCUCCUUCCCCACCCGCAGGACUCUGAAGACAGAUGCCACUUCUGGCUGCAGAAUACCCUUUCAGAAACCUGCUUUUGUUUUCUUAGCCAGUAUUGUAACAGAUCUUUACAAUAGCAACUGAGCUGGGUUCCCAUUUGGAGCCUUUUGGGGAUCUAGGGGAAGAGGGAGGAAGGCCUGGCUUUUUGGAAAUGGCCUGUACUUUAAGGAAGCUAGAGCAAAGGAAAGAAGAUUGUCCCUGAGCUGUGCCAUGGUUCACCCCAAAGUGCGCCGUGUUGGACGUUAACAGCCGCUUUGGAACAGUCUUUCCCUCCUUCUAUGCACCCUCAAAAUCCUGCAGCAGAUGCAAAGGGUUCAAGCUGCAGCUUGUCAAGUUGAGGUUUUGGAUAAGGCUUAGAGUUGCCAGAGUACCCUGCAUUCCUAUGAACAGUGCCUCUGUGAGGAAAGGGAGAAUGGGGUGUCGUUUGCAGGUGGGGAUCACUGUUCUGGAUUCGGGGCACCUAGCUGUCACCACAUGCAGCUUUGCCUCCGCUGUCUCCAGUAGCCAGUAACCCCCCGGAGAGCUUGCUUUCUCCCCAGGAGAUGAUGGAGACAGGCAGCAUCCUGCACUGAAUCCAGCAAACAGGAGCUUUAGGGUAGUGGGUAUAACUGCAUAUGCAACCUUUUCUUACGCACCCCACCUCCCUUUGACCCCGUCUUCCUUCCCUGGCUUUUUAAACUGGACCAAAGAUGGAAGGACCUUGCAGACCCUCUUAUGGCUUAGGAUGGGAAAGCUGUUUCUUUGAAAGUUGCCAAAUGUGUCAUAUUGUUGUAUCUAAAAGAAUUGUCAUUUCUGUGCUGUCUCUUGGAAAUGCCUUGACUGUGCAAUAUUUGUGUCUCUUCUUGGUUUCUAGCCUUGGCACACCUGCCCCACAGCAGUGUCAGUGACUUCACACUGACCAGUAGUCUGGGGACUUCCUGUGUCUCUGACCCCCCCCCCAUCGCAUCCUUCUAUGGAAUGCCAUAUUGGCCGGGAUCUAGGGUGUGCCACAGAGCCCUCCUUUGGGCUGUGACUACAGAGCUUUUGUCCACACUUUCUCCCUGAGCUUUUGAAUGUCAGUCAGCAGAAUGCAGAGGAGCCAGAAGAUCCUACUUGCCCUUGAUCACUUUCAAUAGUGUGGCAAAUGGUGUGGGGAAGGAGAAGCUGCUUCUAGGAACUACUGUGUCUGUAAAAGCUGCCGCAAUUCAGGCACUCCUGGGGCCCUUCAGAGGUGAGAUUCUCUGUGCUCCACAAUUCAACUGCUUGCUAGGUGGUUCUAGAAUAGUAAUUUCUGGAAGUAACUGUAGACUAUGCCAGAUGUCUUUUGAACUAGUGACCUGACCAUGCCCAGAUGGCUGAACUUUUUUCUAGGCAUCUCACAUUUUCCUUAUUUCUCUGUAGAGUAGCAGAAAUACAUGUACAGGGGUUUCUGCUGAUAUAUACACGUCCACACACCCAUGUAAGUAUACAUGUUAGCAUCUCAGAAGUCUGGCCUGUGCCAGCUGUAGAUGUUAGAUGAAAUCAAAGCAGCCACCCCUUCCAUAGGGUUGCAGGCAUCCAUGCUGUCACAUCUUUCAGGAAAAAAAAAAAAGAGUGUAGUCAAGAGAAAAUAGAGACAGCAGAAAGAGCCACGCUAAGCAGAGCAGGAGAGAGGACUUUGGAAGAGGUGCUCUUCGGCCAAGUCAAAUAAGCAGCAUCGCACAAACCAGAAGGAAAAGCACCUUCAUUUGGGCCCUUGUGCCCCAUCGUGUCUGUUUAGGCCCUUGUCCCUUGGCUUUCCUAGAGUGUGGGCCAGGUUUCUCGGCCAGGCCUGGUGCCUCUGGUCCCAACCCCAGCUUUGUCACCGAGUGCAGCCAGGAGCCCUUGAGGGCAGACGUCAGUAGGCACCUCCUGUGCACACUGUUUCCCUCAUGCCUCAGAACUGCACAGCUGCCCCUAUAAAGAGACUCUAGAGCCCUAAGCCAAGUGCUCUGGGAAGUAGAUGUGGAUGCUUUUUCUGCUUGCUUGGACAGCUGGUGUUUACCAAAUUUCCCUCCUCACCACAACCCAAUGACAAUUGUUCCAAUGUUCCAGGGGUCUGAUGUUGAUUGUUUCUUAAGAUUUCUGGAGGAGUAUUUUACCCAAACCCUUUAUGAACCAACCUGAUGUUCUUGAAAGCCUUGUCCUCCUGGGAGUAUGACUGAUCACAUCAGGAAGGUCUGCACAGGGUUCGGGGCUGUCGUGUGACCAGUGACCCAUACUCUGCUGCCCAGUAUUGCCGAGGGGAAAGUGUCCUGUCUUUUUCUCUACCCCAGGUGUGAGACCGCCAGUGAUGCCAGCCAGUUCCAGGAGCACCUGGCAUCUGCUGAGUGAUAGCAAAGUAGCACUGCUUCUGUCUUCCUCAGAACCUGGUCUUUUUCCCUGGCAAGGUGGGGCCCAGCCUCCUCUAAAGUUUCUGCAAGUGGUAACUUCUCUUGGGGGUGUCGAGUGUAGAGGGGGAGGCUGUGGGGAUGCUGAGGGCAUGAGGCCACCCCCACCCUCCAGCACGGCCUUUGAUCCAGACUUUGGGGACUAGGCCUGUCGCUGGUGGGUGCCCUUUGUUACUGUUUAUGUGUUUGACUAGUCUGAAAUGCUGUGACUUUGACUUUUUUUUGGUCAAUAAAGAUAUGAAGCAAACUUCUGAACCUUGA